AUGGGUUGCCUAUUCUCUACAGCCUCACAGGAGCCAGAUGACUAUGCCACCGGAGAUGGCUCCCUGGCCUAUAGGUCUGGGCAAAGAGCCCAGCCUAGCUACCAGACUCGGUCAAGUGGCGUGUCUCCUCCCUGCCCGGUUCUGGUGAAGCUACAACCAGCAAGGAAAGAACUCAUGACAGCCAGUCUACCACAAGGUUACGCCCCGCAGAUGAUUCCUCCCAAUCGUGGCAACAUUCCAGGCGCUGGCCUAGAUCCGAAUAAGGGUGAUGACAAUGCCAUGGACAACUGGAUGGCUACAACACAAGUACAACCCAUGGAGACCUUGGAAGAGCACGCCGUGAAGGUCCCUCGCAAUGGGAUGAAGUUGAAGUUAGGGCUUCCUGAAUGCCAAGACUCGAAACACAUGGCUUAA